GUGCUGCGACAGUUGCUUUUCAGAAACCGUUGGAUGAAGUUUGAUUGUGCGGAUUGUUUGUAGCGCGUUCGUCAACUUUACCGUUUUUUUUCAUUGAUGAAAACUUUUUUUGUGUGGAGAAGUUUAUGUUUUCUUUGAAGGAGUGUAUACGCGGCCUUAGAACAAUAGUUAUUUGGUUUGUUUAAGUGUAAAAACGUGAAAAGAAUUAAUUGUAAAUAAGUUUGAUUAGAUUGUCACUUGUGGUUCGCAAACUGUUACAGCAAUAACAGGAAGAAAGUUGGUCAGAGAAUUAAUUUUUUAUCGAAUAAAAUUAAUUACAAAAUUAAGAUGAGAUAAUAAAGUGAGAGGUGAAAAUAUAUGUUUUGUGAAUUGAUAAGUGUUUCUCAAUGUAUCGGGUCAAAGUUUUAUAAGAAGAAAUCGAAAGUAUAAAACAGAAAAGUGUCCAUUUUACACGAGCUACGAUUUGACAUCGCGUUCGUAAAAUAAUAGUGAAUUUGGGAGUUUCCCCCUGCAGCUGGAUAACACGGAAAGGGAAUAGACGAAAAAGGGAGCGAUAGAAAAAGUCUGGUCCCUACCUCGGUUCUCUACAGUGGCGAGAUUCGUCGGACAGGUUUAGGCACUUGACCUGAACUUGAGCGUUCAACCGUUCCUUCCGUCCGAAUCGUUCCUUAUACGGACGACUGGAGGACGUCAUCUGUGCUCGCUCGGCGUAAUUGCACCGAUUGACCGGCCGGGUAUUUCCCUCAGCCCAGCACUAUUUGCUAUCGACGAACUACAAUUGCUGAUGUCAGGUCACGACGAGCUGCGCCGAGAAGUUCAAUUUAAGAGAUACAAUCCCGUCACAUUCCCGUCUAAAAUGUAAACUGGGCCGCUUUCCUCAAUCGAGCACCUGAUUAAUCAGUGAAUUGGACCCAGCGAGGCUGUACGACGAAACGUCAGCCACUAGCUUAGCCGAGAACAGAAAAACAACAACAAAAAAAUGGACACCAUACAGGAAGUAUUAGUAGUGACGAAGGCAAACGACAACGAUGACCUAGUCGUGGGUGAGCUCGAUUCGACGAAAUUAUCAGACACAGCGGCCGCGCCGCACGAAACGACCAGAUCCUCGCAGGAUUCAUCUUUCAACGUUCGAGACUAUGACUGUUCCUCGCUGGUAGAGGAUCCAGCAGCGGUGAGAGAUACGGUGACUGAUAUUAUAGAGCUUAUUGGUGACGGUAACGGCGACUGUGGCGACCCACAAGCGUUGGUAGACGGCGAUGUCGUUAAGGUGCUAAACGGAGGCGAUGGGAGCGAUAGUGGAGUGGAGUUUGGUGGCAUCGUGGGUUCGCUGAACGAGACAGGAAUUUUGCAGAGGGCAUUGAGCAACAACAGUGCCGGUUAUGCCAGUAGUUGUUGUGGGUUGGAGGAAGGUAACGGUGUCAGUGUGUCAUGUAAUUCUAGUGUGAUAAGUUAUAGCUCGGAUGUGUAUGAUAAGACCGGCAGUACAAUUAUUUUGGGAAGUAGAUUGAGUAAUGAUUACUGUGCUAGUGAAGGUGGCAGUGAAAGUUCAAGUGUCACGGGUGGACCGGUAAGCUCUUUGCGGAAACCUGGAUGUACCACAAAGAAAAAAGUGGCUAUGAAAGAGCCACUGACAAAUAGGUCUCCGAGGAAAUCCAACGAAAGUAUCUCAUCUGCUAGAAGCAGUUCACGAUCUCGAACUUCAUCUUUAGGACGAUCGGUUUCAUUAAACCUAAAAACGCCUCCUUCGUCAGCAAUGAAUGUUCGGGAGAGAGCCAGAUCUCGAGAAAAAAUAAUUUCUUCCAGUGUGAGCAAUAGUAAGACUGCAUCGUCACCAAAACCGCCCGUUCAAGCGAAACGGCCGACCAAACCAGAUUCUUUGCCAACUGGAAUCAAAGAAGGAUCUCCUGCCAUACAAAGGGCCAAUUUGUCCAGAACACCGUCGUUGACGAGAGGUCGAACACCCCUAGGAACUCCCACGGACGAUGGUCGUUGGCCGUCCGUUGGAGGUAAAGGUACAAUCCCUCCUCGAUCCGCUGGCAGGGCAGGUUCAGCUGCGCCGGAGGGAGUUUCAAUCAAAACGCGUGUAGGUACGCUUGCCUUGGAGGGAAAACCAAGUAGCCCUCUAGACAAAUUUGGCACGCUUCCUCGUCGUCGACGAGAAAGAUCUGCCGAAGAAUUGAAAAUUAGCAGCCCUAGGAGUGAUUCCCUAACCCGCGAUCAGAAUCGUAUGACAACCUCGCUAAUCAAAAAGCUUCCACCGACUAAGCAAGAAAUAACGACUAGAACCCUUCCUAACUAUCCUCGGCUGGUUGGUGUGACCAAGAAACUGAUUCAAAAGACAAAAAUUUACCAUGAAACAAGCGUUCAGACGGCGAUCACGUGUCAAGACGUCGAAGACGCAUUUAAUGGUAAAGCCAAAGACAUAAAGGUGGAUGCAGUCGAGACCAGUCAAAAAGCGACUCAGUCCGAUAUUCGUGAUAAGGAGAUGGAGAAGCUUGAAGAAAAACUUAAAAAACUAACCGCUGAGUAUUCUACAUUGAUGAGCAAACACUCCGAGAAAAGUCAGAUGGUCACUGCAUUGGAGCAGAAGUUGCUGAAAGAACGCGAAGAGAAGCUGGCGGCGCAAAGGGAGCUUCAGAACAACAGUGAACGUGUACUGGGAAUGCUCGGCUCGGUGCAGGGAGUUCCCGUUGAAACGGGAGGCGAAUGUGAUAGUCUGCUGAUUCUGGAAUCGCAACUGCAAAUGUCCGGCUCGGUGCUGGAAAAGAAGCAAGAACAAAUCAUUAAGCUGCAGACGAUUUGCCGUACACUGCAGAUUGACAUGGAAAAGUCACUCAAGAAUCAGGAGGAACUGUUGAGACAGAAGACUGAACUAGAGGAGGAAUCCAGUGAGAUGCAGGAUUUCCUGCAGGCGGAAAAGGCGUCCUGUAUGGAUGCCUUGAAGGAGGCUGAGUUGGAAGUUUCCCAGCUGAGACAGUCCCUUGCCCAAAGGGAAUGUGAGAUCGAACGGCAGCAGGAAGAGGGUCGGCAUUUGGUGCGCAUUGGCGAGCAGAGGCGGCAAGAAUAUCUCGGCAUGCAAGCCAAAUACAAUGCGCUAGAAAGUCGGUCGAAGGAUAUACUGUUGCAGCAAGGGGCGGCUGUUUCGGGGGCUUCUGUGGCAUUGUCCGGUUUGGGAUCGAGGCUUGACCAUCUGGUUGAGCAGCUAAUAGCGUCCUAUAAUAUCUCAGAGCAGGAUCUGGAGGACGUAAUUUACCACAACGAAGCGUACACCAACAGUAGCAGCGGCGAUGGCAGCCCGCAGUGUGAACAGCCUGCCAGCAAGCACGGUGAUCAGCAGCAGUGUCACCCACAACGGCUGGAUACUACCCAGAAAGCGAGUCAGUAUGAGGCACCUCUAUCACCGCAGCGGGGUCAUUCGUUCAUUGCUGCUGUGAUCAGCGCGAUCAAAAACGCCACCAGCAAGUCGGCCGUCCUCAAGUCAAGUGCUUCCGGUGCUGCCAGCAAGGAGAAGAAGGAGACGUGUGGUCAUGAAUCCGAUUCCACGGAAAUGCUAGACUCGGAAACCGAACCGUGCCUAAUGAUGGAUAACGUUUUGGAGGAUGUAGCGAUGCCCGAUUCGCACUCUCACAACAUGGUCUCAUCGUCGACGCGAAUUUCCCAGAUCGAAAUGCCAUCCUCACUGGAGAGCGGCGCCAAUGUGAUGAUCUCGCACGACGAAUCGCUCGAUAAUCUUUCGCAGGCGAUCACAAAUCGGCAACAGAUCGAGCUUCAGUCUAGUAUUAUCGCUAGUGGUCGAUCGCCACGUUUCCGCCAAUCGUGUGGCGCGGAGCAGCGAGCAGUUGUUGGUACCGAACCCACCACCGCUAGCCAUUCUUCGUCGCUGGAGGAUCAGGACAAUAGCUGCUGCGCGGAGGCAUCCGUUGCCGAGAUGCCAUCGAUCUGUGAGUACUGCAAUGCCCAAUCGCUGGUCGAUCAGGUGAUCGAUGUGGAUAAUUUGAUCACGAAGCUGCUGAAGGUGUUGCGUAUUGUGCAGAUGGAUAACGAUCACUGUAUACAGGAGUUGAUAAGUCACAAAAACAAACUAGCUUUAACCAACGAAGAGAUUCAAGACAGAGUGAAGGAGUACGAGGAGCUGAACGAAAAGUUGAAAGAUGAUCUCAAGGAUGCCUCACAACAACUGGUUAGCCGUGGUAAUGAAAUUGCCAAGAGUAAAGCGGAAUUACAGAGCCAUCGGACGGAAAUUGACAAACUUAAUGAAGACAUAUGCCAGCUGAGCACACUAUGUAGCAACAACCGGAAUAGCAGUUGCUCCGGAUUAGUAAUCAACCGUGAGGACAUUAUGAGUGCACUGAAAAUGUGGAACGAAAAUGAUUCCAUCAUGGAGAAGGAUCUGAUUAACAACGUGGUACAAGCGUGCAACGAGAUCCCCAAGCUGAAGGCAAUGCUAUGUGAGAAGGAGCAACAACUGGCAUCGCUGACGCGUAGUGGCGUCGACAAAACUGGGCCCAGCCUGAUGAUGACGGCCAGCUGGCAUCAAGCAUUAAGCGAGGCUAAGCGCCAGUACGAAGCAAUCGACAGGGCCCUGGAAACUCUCCAUAGCAUUCAAUCGAUUGUCCAUGAAACGCCCGUCCUGAUGCAGCUGCAGCGAGAUCUGGAGGAGACCAACUUCCAGGCGCUCCCACUGGUUUCUCUUCCAACCCAUUUGGUUGCCCACCAGAACGGGAAUGGUAUGGCCUCGGCCGCGGCCUGUAUUGAUCUGAACGCCAAUCAAACCACCGUUACUACCAGCAGUAUCAAUGGGGUGUCCAACGGAAAUGUUUCCGCUGCAGCCGGACUGCAGCUGAGCCAGCCUGACAUUAUUGAUUCGACAGCAUGAAAUUAGGUGGUAUCCAGAGGUAAGUAAAGUGACUGGAUCUACGUUUUCGUCGACCAGUAUGUCCUUUGCGAUAACUGUGACCCGUCAGCGAUGUUUCGAAGAAGUUAAGUUUAAGGUUUAACAGUGGAUAAAAAGUAUUGUGAUCAGAACUCUAAUAGGACUAAUAAAUUAUUUCGAGUUUAACAACAACCGUAGAUAACCAAAAUUGAAACACUUCUACUAGCGAAUGAGAAAAUUAUAGUUGAAAAAGAGUAAAACAUCAAACCGAAAUACAGGAAUUUAGAGUUUCACUGUUUCCUUGGUAGUAUUAAAAAUGAAUCCUAGACAUUCUAGAUUAGCAGUAGAGAUUUUAGAAACUGAUCAAGUUGUUCCGUUAUGUUGACCAUUUUCAACAUAAACAAAAGUCGUUUUUUUUUCAGAGAAUAGAUGACCCAACUGCAUUUCUGCGCUUGUCAAUUGAAACACAUGUACCAGCUGAAAUCGAUUGCCUUCGAAUUUUCCCGACUUUACGAAAAAAGAUACAUCCGUAGACCUCCAAUUUCCUUCUGUAAUUACUUUCGCACUGAUAGGACCUUUUCUCGUGGCUUGAGAAAAGCAUCUCUGCUAUCUAAACCAAUUUCAAGAACGUUCGGAACCACGACCACUGAUACAACGCUAAAUUUAACUAAAUUCUAGAUUUCACUUAGUUUGCACACAUGAUCAAACUUUACGAAGACUAGAAGCUUUUUGCACGUCCCCGUACUGCCCAUAAUCGCAAAUCUGACCCAUGUUCUAUGGGAUUCCCCAUCUACAUUGGACUGACUUGCGAUUAUAGGCAGCGUAUAAAGUCGAGAAAAGGGCUUCAAUGCAAUCGAGCCUGAGGCGACAUUUUUGCCACCAGAUAACUAUUUUCGCGAAUCCAAUACACCAAUAUCUAAAGAUAGUUAAGACGUCCAAUUUUACAACCAUAUUAAGUAAGUGAUAUGAGCGAGAGAGGGCUUCGAGUUGAUUAUAUGUAUUACCUUAUUUUAAGCCAUCUUAUUGAAUGACAUCCUGUGUAUGUGUUUUUGUACAAUAUGUAAAAAUAUCCGCCCUUCCAUUCCUAUUUUUCGGUAAUGAUUCUGUGUAAGAAUUCGUUGACUACAAAACAUAUUUUAAAUACGAAUUCAAUAAUUAGUUAUUACGGUUAAUUGCGUAUAGCAUCGAUCUUCAUUGGAAGCGAAAUUUAAGAGGUAAGCAGAUUCUAGUUUUAUAAAACUUGAAAAAAAUAAACAAUGUUGUUAAAUUUGUGAGAUAAACAUGCCAUUCAAGGAUUUUAAAACUAAAACUAAUCCUUAAAACUAGAUCCAAUAACUUAUUAAAAUCGAUAUUUGAUAUUGAAUGCCUACUACAUUUCUGUAAUUAACCAAUAAAGCAUCUCUAUGAGACAGACGAUUGUCAA